AGUGGCUUCCAUUAUAUUCAUAGACAAAUAAAACAUGUUUACUUGUCAAAUAAAAUAGGAGUUUUAAUUCUUGCAAUUUCUGGCUUCGAUCUCUGUAUAGUAUUGUUACAAAAUAUUUGACCAAAUAAAAUACUCAAUAAUUUUAAUUGACUAUUAUAACUUAUUAUGAAAAUGGCAGGACUAGAGUCCAUGAUAGUUGAAGAGGUUAAGCCCGCAGAGAAACCGGUCGAUAGGGAGAAGACAUGCCCACUGUUACUUCGUGUGUUUUGCUCAACUGGACGUCACAAUUCACCCGGAGACUAUGCAAGAGGAAAUGUUCCUCAAAAUGAACUUCAAAUUUACACAUGGAUGGACGCAACUCUUCGUGAGCUUACUGGCCUAGUUAAGGAAGUAAACCCAGAGACGAGGCGUAAAGGAACGUAUUUUGACUUUGCGAUAGUGUAUCCAGAUAUGAGAUCACCAACGUAUCGCAUGAGAGAGAUUGGAGUCACUUGUUCAGGGCAGAGAGGUGGCGACGAUAAUAAAACAUUAGGUCAGGUCAAGUUCCAGAUUGGGAACUAUUUGGAUAUAUCUAUAACACCACCAAACAGAAUGCCACCGCCUAUGAGAAGGCCACAACCUUACAUGAAUAAUCGUCCCUAUUAAUUGUACCUCUUUUAUAAUUUGUAAGUUAAUUAGUAAGGUUAUUUGAACUAAAUAAAAUUUGUCCUUGUAUACAAAUC